AAGUGACGUAGACAACCAAACGAAGUUUACCAACCAAUGUGCAGGUGUUCGUGUUACUAGCAACAGUAUAAUUUAUAUUUUUUACGAAAAAAAUGGGUGCCGUCAAAAAAUAUUUCAAAAAGCAAUUCCAAAGUAGCAUGUUCAAACUCGAAUAUCGAACUGCUUCAGACUUUUAUGGGAGUUGUUUUCAAAGCAACGAUUCCUAUUUACCUUUAUUGGUAAUUAGAGGUAUAUUGUUCUUUGGAUCAAUAGCUAUAGUAAUAUCUUCCAUAGUGCUGACUGCUAGAGGUGGAGAGGGCGGGUAUUGGCCCAUCUUCCUGACUCAUUGGGGAAUCGCUGCGAAUAUGAUAUGUACGGGAAUCGGAUUUGCUGUAUCUUUACAUGCAUAUAUAAAACAGCCUUUCGGCGACGACUUCGAAUUACCGUGGUUAGUAAAAGUCUAUUGGAUUUCAUCAAACAUAGCGAUUCCUCUGUCAUUCUUUAUUACUAUAUUUUACUGGACAUUGCUGUCGGGUUUCGUAAGUGAAGAUGGAGGAGAGCUCGAAUUCGCCAUUAACAAAGUAUUGGAUAUUUUCAUCCACGCUAUCAACAGUGUUGUAAUGUUCCUGCUCCUGGUGACAGCAAGGCAGCCAGUGUACCUGCUGCACUUUUACCACGUUGUGCUAUUUGCACUCGUUUACUUGUUCUUCAGUGUUAUUUAUUAUGCAGCUGGAGGGACUGAUAUGUUUGGCAACCCGUUCGUCUAUCCAAUGCUCGACUGGAGCAAUCCUGGUAUAGCUGUACUGACGGGAGUCUUCUCUGCUGUUCUGAUCAUUAUCCUACAUUUCUUGGUCAGCUUCAUAGUUGUGGGUCGAGAUGCAUUGAGCAGAUGGAUUUUAAAUUAAUAAACAAUAUUAGAUGCUAAGAUUUAGAGUAAACGGAAAAUUUUUGAUGAUUUUCUUUGUAAAUAUGUGAUAAGAAGGAUUUUAAGUAGAAAUAGAUAGGAUAAUUCUUCGUAUAAUUGCGAUAACUCGAGAGUCGAGAUCACUAGGCUGACAUAUAUUCCAUAAUCAUCGUGUAUAAUAAUUUAAUUGAGUGGCGUUAUUUAUACUUUCACGAUAAGGACUUGUUAUUUACAUGAGAGAUUUACGGAAGACCAUUAUAAAUUACUAACCGCUCCGAGCGGUUUCACCCCCGUGGCUCCACUCCUGUUGGUCGUAGCCGGUAGCGUGAUGAUAUAUACCGUAUAGCCUUCGUCG